AUGGUUUCCCCACCAGAAGAUCAUCAGUGUGACCCAAAGUGCGCCAUCUGCGGAGGCGCACACCCGACGGCGGACCGCAGAUGCAGCCAGCGCUUCCAGGUGCCGUACAUCGUGCGUCGGAGGCGGCGGCGCCGGCGGCGCGCCCGGGAGGCGCAAGUAGCUGCAGCAUCACGUGAUGCCAGCGUGGCAAGCGUGUCCCAUUCCCGGGGCCGGUCGGCAACGAGAGGGCGCUCCCGAUCCAGGGAGCGCUCCUGCAGCAGAGUGCGCUCCCGAUCCAGGGGGCACCCCGUCAGCAGAGAGCGCUCCAGUUCCAGGGGGCGCUCGCGCUCCAGUGUUCGCAUCCAGAAGGGGCCUACCUGGGUGGACAAGGUCACGGCGACGACUACUGGAAAGAAGGUAACGCAUGGUACACUGCCAGAGCAGACGGAGGAUCCGCGUCUUGAGGCUUUAAAGCAGGAAAACGCGCAGCUCAAGGCGGAAAUGCGUAAGUUGAGGGAAGACCUCGAAUUGAUUCGGAGAGCACAGAACGGUCAUGGCAGCACGUCGCCCGCACCCGCACUAAAACCAGUGCUAGGUCAGGCAAAGCGUAAAGCGCCCCCUCCCGAGUCGACUGAAGCUGCGGCGGAGCUGAUGGAGGAGGCGCCCGCGUCCGCUUCCACCCCCGCCGCGACCACCGCGAAAGAAUCGCUUGCGGAAGUCCUCGAUCGAUUAGCGGAGGCGAUUAGGACACAGUCCGGAGCUAUCGAGCAACAAUCCGAGACCAUCAAGAAACAGUCUGAGGCCAUUGCUACCCUCAACCGCAGAAUGGGGAUAAUGGAGGCUAAAGUAGCUGACGUAGCCAGACUGAAGGUGGUCGGUAAGGUUAAGAAAACACAGCAGAAUUCCGAAGCGUUGGGCAAGUGCACCGCGCUCAAGGGGAUUCUAAAUUAA